AUGUCGGCACGCAACAAGGUCAAGUUCUACUUUGACGUCGUCUCGCCCUGGUCCUAUGUAGGCUUCCAGGUGCUUCGCCGGUAUCAGUCGCUGUGGAACCUGGAGAUUACGUACAAGCCGGUCAAUCUGGGAUACAUCAUGAAGUACUCGGGCAACAAGCCGCCCAUCUCGGUAGUCAACAAAGGUCUCUGGAUGUUGCAGGAUCGCGAGCGCGCGGCCAAGUUCUUUGGCGUCACGCUCAAUCCGACCAAAGAGUUCCCGAUCAACACGAUGCACCUGCAGGCGUUCCUCUCGGAGCUCGCGCGCGCCCAGCCGGACUCUGUGCAUACGCUCGAGGCGGCAAUCCAGACGUGCUUCGCCGCCAUCUGGCACCACGACUACGCCUGCGCCACGCGCGACGAUCUCGACGCCAUCUUGGCCAAGGCCGACUACCUCGGUCUGGGCAAGGACACUGUCGCGCAGCUGCUCGACGCCGCGUUGCAGAAGGAGACGCGCAAACGCAUGCAGGACGAGGCUCGCGUGCUCGUCGAGGAACAUGGCCUGUUCGGCAUGCCCAGCUUCGAGGUGGUACGCGCCAGCGAUGGCGAACAGACCUUGUGGUUCGGCAGUGACCGCUUCGAGCAGCUGGCCGCAUGGCUCGACGUGCCGUACAAGGGCCCCUUUACAGAUGGCAGUGUGGCCAAGUUGUGA